AUGACGACCAGGGAAAGCCGCGACUCUCACGUAGAUGGGGCCACCAUCCUCGCCAGAGCCUUCAAGCAGCAGGGUGUGGAGUACAUGUUUGGAAUUGUUGGUGUCCCGGUGGUUGAAGUUGCAACAGCUGCUCAGGCAGAGGGUAUCAAGUUCAUAGCAAUGCGAAAUGAACAGGCAGCAUCCUACGCAGCAUCUGCCAUUGGAUACUUAACACGAAAGCCUGCUGUCUGUCUGGUUGUAUCUGGGCCGGGGUUGGUGCAUGCUCUGGCAGGAAUGGCCAAUGCAAUGGAAAACUGUUGGCCUCUUCUUGUUGUUGGAGGCUCUGUCGAUACCUAUCAGGAGGCCAUGGGAGGAUUUCAGGAGUACCCACAGGUGGAAGCAGCUAGAAGGUACAGCAAGUUUUCUGCCCGGCCCAGCAGUUUGGAUAAAAUCCCAUAUUAUGUUGAAAAGGCAUAUCGUGAGAGCACCUAUGGGCGGCCUGGAGCCUGUUACCUGGACCUGUCUGGGGACAUGAUAGCUGGCACUGUGAAGGAAGCAAGUGUCAGGUAUGUGCCACCACGUCCGCCCCCACCACCUGUGCUGUCAGAUCCUGAGAAUGUUAAAAGUGCUGUUGAUCUGCUGGUCUAUGCAGAGAAACCUCUUGUCAUUAUAGGCAAAGGAGCAGCCUAUGCUGGCGCUGAAGGCCCAAUCUCACGGCUGAUAGAGAGCACUGGAUUACCGUUCUUGCCCACACCAAUGGGCAAAGGAGUGAUGCCUGAUGAACACAGGCUGUGUGUGUCUGCAGCCCGGUCCAGAGCCCUGCAGGAAGCAGACGUCAUUCUUUUGCUUGGAGCCAGACUGAACUGGAUGUUGCACUUUGGGGCCCCGCCCAGAUUUAACCCCAGGGUCAAAAUUAUUCAGGUUGACAUACAAAUUGAGGAGCUAGGUAACAAUGUCCUGCCUGCUGCAUAUCUACCUGGUGAUGUUUCUUCGGUCACAACACAGUUGUAUGACGAGUUCCAGCGCCGACCUGGUCAAUUUAAGUUUAAUGUCAACUCUGCCUGGUGGAAAACUUUGAAAGCAAAGAUUGAUGCCAAUCAAGAAACUGUGCAAUCUAUGAGCAAGGAUCACAGUGUUCCGUUAAACUACUAUGCAGCCUAUAGUGAGGUGCAGAGUGCAAUCCCCAAAGACUGUAUCAUUAUCAACGAAGGUUCAAACACAAUGGACAUUGGUCGAACAAUGUUGCUUAAUCAGCACCCAAGACAUAGACUUGACGCUGGGACUUUCGGCACCAUGGGUGUGGGGCUUGGGUUUGCCUUGGCCGCAGCAAUUUAUUGCAGAGACUAUCAUCCUAACAAGAGAGUUGUUUGUGUUGAGGGAGACAGUGCUUUUGGUUUCUCAGGAAUGGAAAUAGAAACUAUUGCAAGAUACCGUCUUCCAGUCAUAAUCAUUAUUUUCAACAACAAUGGUAUUGGCUAUGGCAUCUCAGAAGAAGAAUUCAAACUGGCUCAACAAUCUGGAGACCCACUUUUGACAAUCCCUGCAAAGUCACUGUGUCCCAACACUAGAUAUGAGAAACUGAUCGAAGCUUUUGGUGGUAGCGGUUUCUUUGUCCAGACAACUGAAGAACUGAAAGCCAGCUUGAAGGCCGCCCUGAAGAACACCACGAUGCCUUCCGUCAUCAAUAUCAUGAUAAACCCCCAGGCACAACGGAAAGCUCAGGAAUUCUUCUGGCUGACCAAGUCCAACAUGUGA